AUGCCCAAGAUGACGGGCGCGCGCAACGAGGCGCUGGCGGGCCUGCUGGACGCGGACGAGGAGGGGCCCCUUGGCGAGGACGACGGCCUCUCGAAGGUGGCAUACGAGGAGCACAUGGCGAGGGUGCAGGCGGAGGCGGAUGCCCAGGACAAGGCACGGCGCCUGGCGGUGGCCCAGCAGCAGCUGGCGGAGUACGCGGCGCAGAAGGAGGAGGACGCCGCGGCGCUGCUGAGGGACGCCCAGGCGCUGGCGCGGUCCGUGGGGGGCGGGCAGGAGGGCGGGGAGGGGCUCCGGGCGGCCACGGGGCUGGGCGCGCGGGUGGAGGCGCUGAAGAACAGGCUGGCGCAGGCGGCCGCGGAGGCCAAGGCCUACGCCGCGCAGCACAGGGAGGACAUGGAGCGGAGCAAGCGGUCGUCGGCACAGGCGGACCUGCCAUCAGACGAUGUGGACAUGAAGAGGCCAAGGGAGAAUGGAGUUGCAAAGGAUGAUGAAGAGCUGUCGGAUGCUGUCACAGACAGUGAUGACGAGGACUCUAUUGAGGAGUCCACUAUGUGCUCCAGCAGCUCGUCAUUUGCCGAACGCUGCAAGUACAUACCCCUGCGCCUGUCCUAUGAGGAACGCAACAAACUGAGGCUACUUGAAGCUGCUUUGAACGUCAGCGAGUACACUGACAAGGUUGACAUAUUGUCAUGGGAGAGGAGAACAGCUCGGGUGCACAAACAGAUCCAGAAGAUCUGCUCCAUAUUAUCUGGCCUUGUUGUUGCACAGGACUACAGGCAGGGGCAGAGGCUUAUACAAAGCCGCGAGUUCUGCGACAAUGCACGUUACUUCCAGACCAUAUUCGAAAUUGGACGGAGGUACAAGAUCAUGAACCCAGACAAGAUGCGAGCCGAGUAUGGCAAGAUGACCUACAUGUUGAUGGAUUCCACUGAUGACAACAUUCAAGAGCUCCUUGAGUUCCGGUGCGUGGCCCCAUUGAAGACCGUCAGCAGCCUGCUGAAGGAAAAGAACGCACUCCAGAUGCUGCAAGACCCCAUGAUGGAGAGGGCGACUGCCGAGAUCGUUGCCUCGGACAGGCCGAGAUAUGAGAUUCAAAGGGACAUCAAGGCCAAGGAGAGGGCACGAGAGGUCAUCGCGCAGAAGUAUUCAUCUCGAUAUGGCGUCUCCCGGGAUGACAUCCUUCUGUGUCUGUACUCCAUCUCGGACAACAACUCUUUCUUGCUGUACAACCGCGACCCCGUGGACCGAAUGAUCAAGUACCUGACAACCUUCUUCAAGCCUGAUAGCUACGAUCCUGGCUUCUCCUUGUCCAUCUCAGCUGGUUCUGCUGGCGCACGGCUGAGCCACAGUCAUGAAAGGCAGUACCAUUACGUCCAUCAGACGCUCACACUUUGGCGAGAGAUCAGCAAUGACAUGUUCAAGUUGUGGUUCCUUGCUGAUCUCGACCUUCUGGAUUCGGAGAACUGCUACCGCCUGACAGACACGGGUCAAGGGUUGAACAGAGUGCAGCAGGCACCUAGGGUUCGAAAGGCUGUGUUUGAAAUCAUUGACAGGUGUCAACGACGGAUUGGGCACUGGGUGGGAUCGUCUGUUGUUCACCUUGGCGAUCACAAUGUGCCAAAUGCACUCAUGUUCAUCGAUAAAUACACCCAGGUUCCUCGAAUUUUGAACCCAGUGGUUCUGGCUCUGGAGGAGAUGCCAAAGCUUUAUAGGACUCCACACCUUCGACAGUACAUUGACAAUGCAUUUGGCUCUCUCGAGGAUUGCAUAAAGACUGUCCUGGUGGACUUUUUUCGGCACGCAUUCGAUGGGAGCGGUGCUGACAACUUCUUUGAUGCCGGCUCCUGCAUAGAUGGAAGGCUCACAUCUGCAUGGAACUGGUGCAACAAGAUCGAGAAGAAGGACUACCAUCACAUCUUCAAGCUCGCAGGUCUUGUUGGGUUUGACGGCGACUUCAAGUAG